CCCGCCCCGGCCCGCCGCCAUGUUGUUCCCUUGGUGCUGGACGUGAGCCGCCGGAGUCGGACCCGGGCAGCGCCACCGCCUCCUGCCCGCCCGUCCCCGACUUUCCCUCCUCGUUGCAUCUGGACGGGCCGGCCGCGAGCUCCCGGGCGUCCUCUGCGUGGCCACGAGCCAUUUUCACCACACCCGUCUAAGACCGGGCCCUUCAGUAUAUACCUCUUCAUUUUGGUGGUGGAUGUAACUACUGGGUGAACUUUGGGGAAACUUCCUGCGCUCCUAUCAUGAGCCUGGCACUUUGGUGAAACGCCUUUCCCUUGUCCAUGUCCCAGUGACUCUUCCCAACGGUCCUAGGAGGCUGAGAAAGGUCAUGGACAGCUUUCAGGUUUCUUUAUCGAAUUUAGCUGAAUUGUUAAAGUCAUGUUUUAACCUUGGUGAGGAUUAUUAUUAUUGCCCUGGGGCAGUCAUUCCAAACUGGGACGUAUAAAAGACUUCACAUUACGUUUUCAGGGUUCUAAAGUCAAAGAUCUUGAGAGUCAUAAUGGCAGGAAAAUCGUCGCUUUUUAAAGUGAUUCUCCUUGGAGAUGGUGGAGUUGGGAAGAGCUCUCUGAUGAACAGAUAUGUGACCAAUAAAUUUGAUACCCAGCUCUUCCAUACAAUAGGCGUGGAAUUUUUAAAUAAAGAUUUGGAGGUGGAUGGACAUUUUGUUACCAUGCAGAUUUGGGACACGGCCGGUCAAGAGCGAUUCAGAAGCCUGAGGACGCCGUUUUACCGAGGUUCUGACUGUUGCCUGCUCACUUUUAGUGUCGAUGAUUCUCAAAGCUUCCAGAACUUGAGUAACUGGAAGAAAGAAUUCAUCUACUACGCAGACGUGAAAGAGCCCGAAAGCUUUCCUUUUGUGAUUUUGGGUAACAAGAUUGACAUAAGCGAACGGCAGGUGUCCACCGAGGAAGCCCAAGCCUGGUGCAAGGACAACGGCGACUAUCCUUACUUUGAAACAAGUGCAAAAGAUGCCACGAAUGUCGCGGCAGCCUUUGAGGAAGCAGUUCGAAGAGUGCUUGCUACCGAGGAUAGGUCAGACCACCUGAUCCAGACCGACACCGUCAGUCUGCACCGCAAGCCCAAGCCUAGCUCGUCCUGCUGUUGAUCGUUCGGGAGGUCGCCCGUGCGGUGUAACCAACUCCCGCACGUACAUGAAAACACGGGCUGGGGACGAGAAUUAGCGUUUGCAGCAACGGACCAUCCACUUACAAAAUUAAACUAACCAUGUUGCUGCCUCGUUAGUGGGUGGGAGGAGGGAUCGAUCCAUCCACUCCUGGAAGAAUCAAUUUACUCAGUAGUGGCACCUUACACUUGUAAUUGGUAAUGGUUGUCUAAUAACGUUUAAUUUAAAUACGUAAGUUACAGAGCUAAUAAAUGAAAUGAUCGAGACUUUAAUUAUGAUUAAAACAAAACACUUGAAUAUUCUAGAAGUUACUGGUGUUUUUUUUUUUCCCCUGGGAAAAUGGAGAACUACUUUUUUAUGUGUAUAUUUUAUGUAAUUAGCAGUCAAUUCCUGGUUGAGGGAGAAAUAUUCCCUAAAGCAAUAAUGUUCAGUAUUAAAGAUGAAAAUCAAAUGCA